GCUCUCCCUCCACUUUCUGCUCAACCCUCCACUUGCCUGAUCAACAGAGACAAACAGCACUGGUGAGUGAGGAGAGCGGAUAAAGGAAUGUGACAGACUUUUCUUAAUGCCCAUUUGGACCUUUUUUUUCCCCCUAUCUGGACAAUGUCUGAAAGUAUUGUGAGGAAGGUGCAGCCCUUCACCAUUGGGACGAGGCUGUCAGUCCCGGCUGUGCCAAAAUGCCAGGAGUUUACACAGAGUUAUCUACAGAGCCAGAGUCUGGAUAACUGCACUCUUCAGCACAACCUGAACUCGCUCUACCUCAGCCGAUCGCAGGUCUGUGCACAUGGCCCCUGUCUCGUCUCGCCCAUCGUCAAGCAAGUAGCCCCCGUCACACACAAACAGGAGGACAUGGCAGCCGAGGACCAGCUGAACCAGAACGUCACCUCUCCCUCUGCCGUGUCCAGAUCCAUCAAGAAGAUCACAAUCUCUGGGAGUAAGGACAGAUCAGAGAUGUCAGUGGGACCAGCGCAACUGUCAAUCACGGGCUCCACAUCUGAAAACAACAAUAACAACAACAACAUCACCACCAGCACAUCAGAUCCACAUCUGCCCAAGAUUGUGGGUGUGAGCUGUGAGAAUAAACCCAAUUCUCACUUCAAGGUUUUGCUCAGAAAAGACAGCGGCGAUGAAUUUCCGUCAACGCAGGGACAAAUCAAGGUGAAACUGAACGGAGAGAAAUCCGUCCAACAGAUUUCAGUGCCUGAAUCACAGAAGAAAGAAAGCCAUGAAGCAUCUGCAGCUGGUACGUCCCAGAGUGACUGCUUCACUCAGCGCAACUCGCUCUUCAACAAGGAAGUGCUGCAGGCCGAGGCCUGGAUCAAAGGAAAGCUGCAGGACUUGAAGGAUGGAUGCAAUAUUCAGCGCUGCCCCCUGCAGGACUGGGAGGAAGCAUCGCAGACGCUCCAGAGAGACCUCAAAGACUUCGAGAACACCCUGAUUCAACUCAACCAGAUGGGUGAGCAGUUGAUCUGCAAGCUGAACCCCACCUCCGAUCUUGUGAAGAAGCAGCUCAGUCAGCUCAGGGACCAGUGGCAGACUCUGAAGCAGACGGCUGCAAAUCAGACGAGGGCGCUGGGCGGGGCCAAGAACCUGCAGGAGUUCAACAAGAAGGUGGACAAGCUGGAGGCGUGGAUUAAAGAGAAGCAGGAAGAGGAGCAGGCUCUGGUGAAUGUCUUGGAGGAAAAUGUUGACAAAAUGCAGCUGACCAGGAGGAUUUUAGAUCUGAAACAGGAUGAGCAGCUCUACCGAAACCUCCACGAGGAGAUCAACCACUUGGCCCUGAAACUGGAGAAACAGGGGAAGACAGAUGGCAAAAACAUCUCCAGCAGGCGGAAACACAUCAAUAAAAUGUGGCUAAAGGUCCAGGCUCAUCUGAAAAAUUACCAUGAAAAUCUUCAGCUGGCACUGGAGGUGUCCUCAUUCUACCAGCAGGCGGAUAAUACGUCGUUUGCUAUCAACAACAUGAGGAAAAGCAUAUCUGUGUCCAGAGAGCUGGACAGCUUUGGAGACAGAGAAAUACGUGACAUCGCCAGCCAAAUCAUGAUGCUAGAUGUGAGCGUGUCGCAGCUGUCUAACCUCCAUCCUGCCCUGGCUGCCGGCGUCACACAGAAGCAGAGCGAGGUGAAGGACUGCUGGGCGCUUCUGCAGAAGGUUUUCAGGAGUGACAGGCCCACGCACUCUCCCACUGGCUCCACUUUCACCAGGGAAGACGUUGACCCCCUGACCCCAGCCCGAGAACCCCAGUGCAACGUGGGAACGGAGACACAAAGGAUCAUGGGAAAGGAGGUGAAGGAGGAGCAGAAUCGCCUGAAAGGCUGCGUGGGUGCUGUUGAGGUUGGUAGGAAAGCACCAGGCGAGCAAAGCCAGGAGCAGCAAUCAGUGAACCACACCUCGUCACCCACGGGAGACAGCCCUGCCUGUGCAAAUGAUGUCAUCAUCAGACAUCAAUUGAAGGCUGAAAGGAAGCCCAGAGCAGAGCCCAAGCUCGCUGCUGCCACCGCCACCGCCCCACGAGGCCACCCACAGAUUCACGUACAGCUCCAGAAGUUCACCGUGUCUGCUGACAAGACUUUGUCCUGGCUGAAGGACAACGUGUCCAUGGCCACACAGGUGUGUUCUGUAGCCAGCUUUGAGGGGCUGGAGGCAGCCAGAAGGUGUCAACACGCUCUGGAACAAGAAAUCCUCACCAACAGGGCCAGGAUCGAGGUGGUCAAAAGAGAGGGCCGCGGGCUGGUCCGUGCACAGCACCCGGGCAGCACCAAGAUCGAGGAGUUCCUAGGCCAGCUCGAAGUCCUGUGGGAAGAGCUGCGGAGGAGGCACCAGAGGAACGCCGUGUUUCUGAAGGCCUCAGAGGAGCUGGGUUUUAGGGUUGUAAAAGUGCUCCAGGCCCUGGGCAGCCUGGAGGCCUGGCUGGAGUCCGUCGAGCUUUCCAUGAAGGAAUCUGCUCUUGCCGGUGACCCUGAAACAAUGAGCGUGGCUGAGAGGGAGAGCUGUCUGCUGGAGAAAGAAGUGGCAGCACGCAGCCUGGAGCUCAGCGCUCUGAGGCAGGAGGUGGACCGCCUCCACGGCCACAGUCACCCCCACACACGAGGCCUGCUGGCGCGCAUGGAGGAGGUGGAAAGAAAGUACCACCGUGUCCAAAGUGCCCUUACCCAGCAGAACUCAGAGCUGCAGGACACACGGAUGCUGACUGAGUUUCUGGAGCGCGUGGAGCUCGAGGAGAGCCAGGAGCUCAGAGGUGCUCCGUUCGACCUGGGCCAGCCUCUUCACAGUGAGAUGGCCUCAGCUCCUACAUUGCUGGGACUCCAGAGCAGUGGCAGUAGCGAGCCCCUGAUCGAAAGCAUGGGAGACCCUGUGGAGGAGCUACGCGAGGCUGUAGAGAUGCUGAACGACACUGUUCGGGAAAGAGGCCGUUCGCAGAGCCACGACCAGGCCAUCCAGGAGCUGCUGAGCAAGCAUGCCAGCCUGGCGGUGCGCGUGGAGGAGUGCCUAUGCUGCAGCAAGGAGCUGAGCCUGGACAUCCUGGAGAAGGAGACAGACAUGGCCGUCCAGUGCGAGCCAGACCGCUGCGGCCUCGAGGCUCUGCAGGAGAAGCAGGACCACCUGGAGAUUGACUAUGAAGUCAUCAGGGAGGAGGUGCAGGAGACGGAGAAGCAGGCUUCUCGGUUGGAGGAGCUGUGCCCGGAGAGAGUGCGCGUGCUCAAGGUGAAGAUCCCGGCCAUGCUGCAGGGCUGGGCAGAGCUGGGGAAGAGUGUGACGGAGAACAAGUCACGUCUGCGAGAGUUUGUGCAGCUCCAGGACUUCUUCAGGAGCUACCUCGCCAUGAUCUCUUGGACAGAAGACACCAGGUCGUGCAUUUUCUCAGAUACCGCGUUGCAUCUUGGAAAAGAUGGCCAGAAGCCACUGGCUGCAGAGCUGGACAUGCAGAUUGAGCUAAAGUUUGAGGAGUUCGACGAGCUGGUGGCCACGGGAAGGAACAUUUUAGACAAGGAGCACCACCUCACGCAGAUGGUGAGAGAACGCAUGGAGGAACUGAGGAGCAUGCUUGGGUGGAUCUUGGUCCACUGGAGGGCUCAGAAACAACAGUGGCUUCACAAGAAGAGCAGACAGGAACUUUCACAAGAUAACAUUUACUCCGAGGCCACAAUGUGCUCUCCAGUCACAGAGAGUUCAGCUCCUGAGCUUGAGCCCUACCAAUCCCAUCAGUCCCCAGUCUUCAGCUAUGAUGACGACAAAUCAAAGGCCGCAGGAGACCGACGAUCCUUGUUGCUGUCGCCCAGACAGUCCGAGCAGCAGCAGGAGGAGAAGCAGUUAGAGGAUGGGUAUGAGGUCAUGAACAGCAUCCCACCACGGGGCGGUGAGGCCGCCUCCUCAGAGUCCCCCAAACCCUCUAUUGUGGUCCUCAAAGAGCCCGGCAGCCCUGCUUUAGGGGGCACGGUCAACCUGAUACUUAGCUUUGGUAACACAGGGGACAGCCAGGUUCAGGUGCUCGACCCACCUGCUAGGACGGAUGAGGUGGAGGAGGAGACCUCUGAGCCUGUCCACAGGGUAAGUACCUACUUGCAUGUCAAGGAUAACAACUUGGCUGUGUCCCCUGUGUAUGAGAGUAUCACCCUGCCCCGUCAAAAGAGCCGCUCCGCAGCCUCAGCCUCCCCGACUUUCUCGCUGUCCUCCUCCGUCUCGCCUUCUUCCUCAGCGCCUGCGCCUCAGACGGCUAAUGUAACCUUCCACCCUUUGGCGGGGAGCGGCAGCAGCUCCAUCUUCAGCAGCCUCAAGAGAAUGGGCAAGAAGAGGAAGAGGAAGAGAGACGCUCGCAGACACACUAUCCAGAAAAUCAUGGGAGUGGAGGAGCAGACAGACGGGAUGCCUCACUAUGCCUGCGAAAUGAUGAUGUAUGACACGCAUACAUGGCCGCUGAAGGAAGGCAGAAGGAAGAAGAGUACACCAAAGAGUGUGGAAGCCAUGGCCUAUAUGAAGAAUCCCCUGCUGAGGGACAUCGAUACAGAAUGUUCAGGAGAAUACAGCACUAUUCCAUAUGCUGUAUCAGAGGAGCCAACUGCAAACCACGUGAGGAGCCACUGCAGAUUCCUCUCGUUGGGCUCUGUGCUGAGCUUCGAACUACCUAAGGACAUGACCCUCAUCCCCAGCAUUCAGGACAUAAUCACAAUCGCCCCUCCAGAGUCCAAAAAAGGAGCUGGGACUGAUCCAGACCCGCUUUCCCAGAGACACACAGCCCUGAGCUCUUUCAAACAGACUCGACCCACUCCUGCCGUCCCAUCAGCAGAUACAAACUUUUCGGAAACUUCGCCGGUCGUGGUGAAAGAUCUGCCUGACGUGGACAACAGCUUCCAGACGCCACCUUCCCCAGAAGAGGACCAGACUGUGCCGUGUAAUGACCUUUCUCAAGCCCAGUUCAGUCUGCAUGAGGACGCAGAGCAGGAGUGGGACAAAGUGUCAUCAGAGGUUAAAACCAGUGCAGCUGAGAGGACCGUCCAGUCUUCCCAGCUUCCUAUUUAUGUGAACCAAGCCCAGAGUACAGUUGAACAUAAACACAAGUGCCCCAGUGUUCAUACGCUCAUUCGAGACCUAAACGGACACCAGUACCAUAAAUGUCCAAGAUCCCACAGUGUGCAUGAAGAGAGUCCUGGACUUCAGUCUCUGAGCCAGGCCUCUCAUAUGGUGGUGAAUCUGAAGUCGACAGUGAGCGUGAGUGUUCGCCAGGACUCAGUCGACUCUGGAAUCUCCACGUCCAGCAGUAUCAAGCUUUCCUCUGACGCUCCAUGUCCAGAUAACCUGCAGCCCAAGGGAGUGGUGGGAAGGCUCAUGUCCUUUGAGGUGGGAGGGAUAGACUGCACUAAAACAAGGGAGAGCAAUGUAACACCGUCGGGUCCAUCGACAGACUCGGCAGAGCUCGAAGCAGAGCGCGUUCACCUCGACCACCAGCAGUUUGAGGAGGAAGAAGAAGAACUCCAGGACAUCUGGAACCAGACUACUAACUACAGACAGAGCAUCUGCUCAGACAUCAUGUACCAGCCCAACCAGGAACAGUCGGAACCAUCAGACCAUUCCAGAGAGCCCCUUGUCCGGUCACCGUCACCGAAGCCCCCAGCUGUACUCUACAGGAACCUGGCCACAGCCUCAGCACCCAACCUCCUCGUGGCUGAGUUCAAACUGCCCCCCUACGUUCAGAGCUUGCUGGGUUAUGACAGGGAGCCCAAAGGUCACCACCCUCCAAUGGCCAUAGGAGACAGGAGAUCAUGGGCAGCCUUCCCUAACAGGGAACCUGCCAGCAAGACCUCAGUGACAUUGAAUGAGACGGCGUCUGAUCCAGUGAAGCUGCCAGACGUGGGCGACAAUCAGAGAUACAUUUAUCAAUACAGAGAGGACGAGGAGGAGGAAGAGGAGGUGGAGGAGGCAAAGGCGGGGGAGGAGGUGGAUGAGCACAGAGGUUGUUCGAAGGAUCAGUCCAUGAGUCUGCUGUCAGUUCACAUGGGUUUGGAUGGCGUCUGUCAGCAAAGACAAGCCUCUCAAAGUCUGGACAACAUGGACAAGCAGGAGGGAUCAAUGACCACAGGAGGGCGCUGUGUCACCCUGGGUGGAAAUCCUGAACUGCAGUCUAUGGAGGGACCGCUGGAGAGGAAGCACAAGCUGCAGCUGGGAGGAAAGAAAGCAGCCUCCCGAGGGUGGAACUCCUACCACGCCGUCCUAUAUAGACACACCUUGUGCUUCUACCAGGAUAGGAAGGAUACACUGAGGAGCUCUGCAUGUGGCCUCCCGCUGAACCUGACGGGAGCCGUGUGUUCACCUGCACCAGAGUACACCAAAAAAGCCAACUGCCUCCGACUACAGCUCCGCGAUGGUUCCGAAUAUCUGCUCAAUGCGCCGUCACGCUUUAUGAUGAAGAAAUGGAUGAUGAAAAUACAGGCAAAUACAGGUCAAAGUGAGUCUGUGUCUUCGUUAUCAGGCGUCCCAGUUGAUCAAGACUUCCCCAUUUCCUCAGAGCCCUCCCUCUGCUCCCGUUGCCUCGGUCUUGCCAAAUGCUACUGCUCCUCCCGACAUGAUGUCACCUCCACGUUCCCAGGGCGCAAACCAUCGGGCGCCGCCCAAACCAAAGAGAUUGUUGUCCUCACCAGAGAGUUCACCCACAUGCCACAGAGUCAUUUAAGGAGCGUGGACGAGCGGUCGACCAUGUCAUCCUCUUGCUGUGAUGAUGAUGAAGACGAUUCCAAGCAGACAGUGACUCACAGACUGUCGGCUGCAUCCAGAGCCGACACCUCCUCCUCUCCUCACUCCUCUGUAUCCAGCGGUGACGACUGGCUCAGCAACAAGCGUCGCUCCCACUCCUUCACAUCAGCAACCUUUCAGAAGAUCAAACCUGUGUCGCACAUCCCCGGAGGCAGAGGCCUGGAGAAAGGCUCCAACUACUGUGUGACUCUCGUAGUUGGAGACAAGUCAUCAGACAGUUCAUGCAGGAGUUCUGAGCCCCCGCUGCUGGCCUUAGCUGGAUGGCAGCAAGACACCUGUCAGGACUCUGCUCUGAGGAGCUACGCCAGCCUGCCACGGCCACGCAACAAGUCUGUCUUUAAAAAGUUCUUCGGGAAAAGGGACCUUUGAGUUGUUGUUGUUUUUUUUUUAACUAAUAAAGUGUUUUACAAAUAGUUUCUAAUGUGCAGUGCACAUAUUUGUUGAAAAGACAAAAAAAAAAAAAAACGCUACUACUGACUGUAUUUAUGAUUGGAAGAGCUACCACAGUUUUAUUUUUAAUGUGUUUCAUACAAAUCACUUCAUGGGCUGAAAAGUCCUCACAACGAGUCCGUUUCGUGUUUACUUCCUCCUUCUCUUGUCAAGUGAAAGGAACAAUACUGUGUGAGUGUGCACUGUGUAGUUGUAGAUUUGAUUAACUGCAAACACAUUUUUUUCAUUAUUCUUUUUUUUUUUUUUGUUUUCAUAUUUCCUUUUUGUAUUGUUUUGGAAUGUUGUGUUAUGGGGUUGACAGUCUGUGUAUAAAGGAAACCUUCCUGUUCAGUGGAGAAUCACUAUAGAAACCAAAUUUUAGAGAAUAGUUGCAGUGAUGACUCAGCCAUGACUAAGUAUUAACAAUAUCUUGAACUCAUGAUGGAUCGUUACAGCUCCUCUGCUUCAAUGUGGCGCACCAAAACAUCUGCUUUCUUCCACUAAAAUCAGCAGUUUGAUACUGCUCCAGCUUGUCUGAUAUUAACACUUUUUGAGUACUAAUUAUAGCGAAGACUGUUCAAAAUAAAACAUUAAAACCAGUGA